AUGCGGGGCGGGGUGCGUCCGCCGGCAGGAUGCGGGCAGGAGGCAGCAGAGGAAGAAGGUCGCGGGAUGCGGGGCGGGAUGCGGGCGACAGAACUUCAUCUCACGCACAAACACACACGCCACAGCUCACGCCAACGCCCAUGCAACCGCCCCGCCCACGAAGACGCUGAGGUCGCCGCCGCGCUCACGUACGCUGGCCGAAGCCCACGCGCCGCCGUGGACGCCGACACCACCAUCCGCACACCCCUCCCAACUCCAUCCCCAGCCUUCCUCCGCGGCUACGCGGCCACACACGCCACAGCUCACGCCAACGCCCAUGCAACCGCCCCGCACACAAAGACGCUGAGGCCGCCGCCGCCGCGCUCACGCGACACCACCUCCGCGCACCCCUCUCUCCUCCAGCCCCAGCCUCCCUCUGCGGCUCUGGCAUCCGGAUUGCAAUACAAGGACUCAACUGGUCCCAGUGAUCCUAUGGAGUACACAAUGGGAACAAGACGACAGACUGCGCUUACUGAUAUAUCUAACCAAAUUAUCACAGGUCCGUCCAAUGAACAUGAGCGUCAUCGGGAGGAGAGGAAUAGAAAACAACGUGAAUACUGUGCAAAAAGAAAGGCUGAAGAAACCAACAAAGAAAGGGAGGCGAGAAAUAAAAGAAUGCGUGAUUACCGAGCGAGGAAGAAGGCUGACACGGUACUAUACUCGCCCAGACAGACACAGGCUUAUGCUACUAGAUCUUCGAUCGUAAUACAAACCAACACACAGGUGGCAGAGCCGGUAACGCCUGUUGUUGCAAGGGGCUCUUUGCACCAACUGCCAACAUCAGUGGAACCAUUUUCAACCAUUUCUCAACCUUCAACCUAUAAUCAAUACGAUAGGUAUUCGUUGUUAUAA